ACCAAGCAAAGAGACCUUGGAGCACAGGUUCAUAGUUCCAUGAAAUUGGAUUCCCAGAUACACAGGAUAGUGAACAAUGUGUUCAGUAGGCUUGAAUUUAUUGGUCAGUGCAUUGAUUUUAGGGUUUGGAGGAUCAUGUUGCAGCUGUACAGGACAUUGGUUAGGGCAGGACAUCGGAGGCCGAUGGGUAACCUUGUAGAAGUUUAUAAAGUCCUGAGGGGAAUGGAUACGGUGGUUAGCCAAGGUCUUUUUUUUCCCCCAGAGUGGGGGAGUCCAAAACUAGAGGCAUUGCUUUGAGUUGAGGGGUAAGAUUUAAAAGGGAUCUAAAGGGCAACUUUUUCACACAGAGAGUGGUGUGUCUAUGUGUGCGUGUGCUCAGAAUGAGUUGCCAGAGGAAGUUGCGGAGGUUGGCAUUAAUUACAAUAUUUAAUAGGCAUGUGGAUGGGUGUAUGAAUAGGAAAGGUUUAGAGAGAUAUGGAUCAAAUGCUGGCAAAUGGGACUAGAAUAAUUUCGGAUAUCUGGUCGGCAUGGACGAGUUGCAAUCUCCGUGCCCAACAACUGUGCGACUCUAAGAUUGCCAAACGGUUACAGGGAAGAACUUUGACACUUGACUGGCCAAUGGGCAUCUUCACCUUAUGUCAUAAAAGGAUGUAUCAAUCAAAGGCGACCUUAACAACCAGAAACAUUGCUGCGUAUUCCCAUUGGGCUGCCCACCGGUAACACCGAACCAAUCAAAAGAGCGGCGUAUCUUGAUUGGUUCUUUGUCACUCAUUGAUUCGACCAUGUCGUUCUUUGAUGAAAUCUCUAGCACUUGUGUUUCCAGUCCUGUUGUUACAUAUUGUCACCGCGGCUUAUUACCAUCCCAACCGAGCUGCGGUCAGGAAUCAACCUGGCGGAAAGUCAACAUUUAGGUUCUUCCAGUUGAUCAGAGGGAGCGAUUGGCUGCAAGUCGUGGGCGUGGCUUGCAACGACGUUGGACUUCGUCACUAUCGGGGAGAGGCUGAAAGGGAGACCUGCGGCGGGAAGCUGCACUGGCCCAUCCUCAGAGUGGACAAGAGGUGGCAAGAUGGUGGUGAGGCACAUUAGGACACGGAAGCAGUUCCAUACACUGCUGCGGGAAGAGGAGGAGACCCUGAUCGUCGUGUUCUUCGCCGCGCGAUGGUGUAACAAUUGCUCCAAUAUCAAGCCCUUCUUCCGUAUGAGGUCUGACCAGUACCGGGAUGUCAUCUUCGCGGAGGUGGAUGUGGAUGAGUCGGAAGACCUGGCCCGAGCUGCUGGUAUCAACUGCAUGCCCACAUUCCAGUUCUUCAGCUGUCAGGAGAAGGUUGCAGAGUUCUCCGGGACUAGGAAAGACAAGUUAGAUCACUUGAUAAUGCGAUUGAAGUAAUUCUCACGAGUUACAAGCAAAAAAAAAUUAAAUACACCUGUCCUCUGAAUAGUUGCAUUUAUCGACUCUUAAUAGCACAAGAUGUCAUGUGGCCCAUCGAGCCUAGGCUGGAAUAAUUUGUGAAGUCUUGAUCUCCAUCCACAUGCCUUUUAAAUGCUGUAAUUGUACCAGCCACCACCUCUUCCUCUGGCAGCUCAUUCCCUACCUGUUUUUGAGGGACUAUAGCAAAGAGUCACCAACUUGGUCAUUUGAUGAGAGACUGAGUAAAUUUUGCCUUGAUUCUAUUGAGUUUAGAGAAACGAGUUGCAAUCUAACUGAAAUAAACAAGAUUCUGCCGGGGCUUGACAGUGUAGACACUAAGAAGUGGUUAUAUGGGUAAUGGAAUCUAGAAAAUGGGGCACAGCCUCAUGAUAAAGGGCUGAACAUUCAGGACAGCAACGAGGAACAAAUACUUCGUUCAAAAGGCUGUGAAUCUUUGACAUUCUCUGUAUGAGACAGUUUCUGCUGCUUCGAUGUUGAAUAUUUUAAAGGCUGAUAUAGACUGAUUUUUAGCUCUCAGGGAAUCCAGGGAUGUGGGGAGUGAGUGAGAAAUUGGAAUAAAAAUCCCCAAAUCAGCAGUGAUCAAAUCAAAUUGUUGAUUAGGCUUAACACUCUCUAUACAGUGCCACUAAUAAUUUCUCUUGCGGUACAUUGAAAUGUCGUGCAGCAGUGGCCCUCUUGUUUCUCAGCGUGAGACAGAGUGUCGACGGGAAGUAUAAAAAACUUACUUCGUGAAUAGGUGGAGCGCACGCUGAGCAGGAGCGGACACGGGACGGCUGAGUGAGGUAAUAUAUUUGGGCAGUUGCUUUACCUGAAACACUACUUAGGUAGUGUCUUCCACCCAUUCUCCUCCUCUAACCAAAAUAAAGGUUCUGAGUGCCGAUUUGGUAAGAUUACUAGUUUUUUUUUCAAUACUGUGUUUGGGAAUUCAGAACAGUGGGAAUGGACGUUAGGGCAGUUGCAUGCUCCUCCUGUAGAAUGUGGGAGGUAAGGGUCACCACUAGUGUCCUCACUGACUUCAUCUGUGGGAAGUGCACCCAACUCCAGCUCCUCGGAAACUGCGUCAAGGAACUGGAGCUGGCGCUGGAUGAACUUCGGAUCAUUCGGAAGGCUAAGGGGGUAAUUGAGCGGAGUUACAGGGAGGUAGUCACACCCCAGAUACAGGAAAAUGGUAGAUGGGGUACAGUGAGGGUACGAAACGGGAACAGGCAGACAGAGCAGGGAUCCUCUCAAUAACAAGUAUACUGUUUUAGAUACUGUUGGGGAGGGGGAUGACUUGCCAGGGGUAAGCCAUGGGGUACAGGUCUCUGCCACAGAGUCUGUCCUGGUUGCUCAGAAGGGAAGGGGGAGAGGAGGAGAGCAUUAGUCAUUGGGAACUCCAUAGUAAGGGGGACAGAUAGGAGAUUCUGUGGGAACGAGAGAGACUAGCAGUUGGUGUGUUGCCUCCCAGGUGCCAGGGUCCGUGAUGUCUCAGAUCAUGUUUUCGGGAACGUUAAGGGGGAGGGGGAGCAGCCCCACGUCGUGGUCCACAUAGGCACCACGACAUAGGUAGGAAAAGGGAUGAGGAUGUAAGGCAGAAAUUUAAGGAGCUAAGGUGGAAGCUUAGACCUAGAACAAACAGAGUUGUUUUCUCUGGGUUCGUUAUCCGUGCCACGUAGC